UUGAGAAUCUACGGCAAGUGUCCCCCAACCCGGCGAGGGCUAACACAGCAUGGUUAAUAAGUCAACAGAAUUCAGAAACCACCACCGGAUUAGGAAGGCAGGUUUUUUUUUUUUUUUUGGUGCCCUGGACUCCAAGCAGAUUAAAUAAUCAGAAAGGCCGAGCCAUCGGGGUCACGUUUGAAUGCUACAGCUGUUCACGGAGGUUUGACAAACAUUCUUUCUGGGGCUCGUCGUCUGAAUGGGAAAGGCCAGGAUGAUCCUGGGGAGGCUGACACUUUAAGAAAGAAGAGGGGACACUGUCAAAAGGCCCUCUUAUGGAAAACAAUCCCAGCCAGAUGGAGACAGGGGCGGGAUUGCUUAAAUACGUGGUCCCUGAAAGCGACAACAGCGUUCAGCGUGACAGCAAAGCUUGUGCUGGAAUGACAAGCUGGGCUCUGAGCUCGCCAUGCCCUCCGCGUGUGGAUCUGCAGAUUAAGAGAGGUGGGCUACGCCUUCCAUGAGAAAGCCUGUGGAGACUCAGCCAUGAAAGGUGAACUGCUUCUGCUUUGGGGCACGUUGGCCCUGCUCCGGCUGGCAGGCAGCUGCCCAGAGAAGUGCCGCUGCCGCUCCUCCUCACGAUCCGUAGACUGCAGCCGGCAGGGGCUGGCUGAGGUCCCUCAGGAUUUGCCUCCGCAGACUCAAACGCUGCUCUUGCAAGACAACCAGAUAGGCCAGCUUCCUGCAUUUGCGUUUAGGUCAGUGCCACAGCUCACGACCCUGAACUUGGGCAACAAUUCUCUUUCGCAUCUGGCCGCCGGGGUUUUCCAUGGACUCCAGCACUUGCAAGUCUUGAACCUGACCCAGAACUCCCUGCAUUUUCUGGAAAGCAGGCUUUUCCACUCCCUCCCACAGCUGAGGGAGCUUGAUUUGUCAUCAAACGACAUCAGGCACCUUCCCACAUCCCCCGGGAAGCCUUGGCAGAACCUGACCGUAUUUGCAGUUCAACAAAACCAGCUUCAGCACCUUGAUCGAGCGCUCCUGGAAUCCAUGCCCAGAGUGAGGCUUUUACUUCUCAAGGACAACCUCUGGAAAUGCAAUUGCCACUUGCUCAGUCUUAAACUCUGGCUGGAGAAAUUUAUCUAUAAAGGGGGAGUAACAGACAGUGUCAUCUGUGCGUCACCAGACACCUGGAAGGGAGAGGAUCUCCUGAAGAUCCCUCAUGAGCUGUACCAGCCCUGUCCUUUCCCUUCUCCGGACAUAGGCUCCUCCAGGGGGCAGCAGCUGGGUUCUGCCCACCGGCCUGUUCCCGCGUCUCCCGAGAGCCACAGUUUGGGGGAGCGAGACCCCUCAGAGUGUGAGCUCAAACCCAAGCCGAAGCCGGCCAGCCUGCGUCACGCGGUGGCCACCGUCAUCAUCACAGGGGUUGUGUGCGGGAUCGUAUGUCUCAUGAUGUUGGCUGCAGCCAUCUACGGCUGCACCUAUGCGGCCAUCACAGCCCAGUACCACGGGGGACGCUUGGCUCAGACCAACGAGCCUGUGAAGACGGAAGGAAAAGAGCUGUAUGCCAGCUCACCAGCCUGAGGACCUCCGUCUCAGAAAGAAAGCAUCAUCUCCUGCCAGAGAAUGAGUCUGAGUAGGGCUGAUGCUAAGAUCUCAUCUUGUUUUUCUCAAAAGAAAAAAAGAAAAA